GGUCAGUUGAUCGCCCAUCGACGGAAAAACUUGGAAUUUUCUUCAGCCCUGACUACACCUUGACGAAAUAAUUUCCGGGCUUUGAUCCUUACAGCUUCUUGAGGCUGCUCAAUUGACUUAGAUUCGAUUGAUCUUUUCCCUGGAGGAAGCACAGAAUUCUUGGAUUUCGAAAUUUCUGAUAGAAAAAAAGGAGAGAGAUGGAGAAAAUGAUGAGUAUGUUGAAGCCCAAAGCAAAUCCGCAGCAGCAGCUGAGGGAUUGGCAGCGUAGGCUCCGACAAGAGUGCCGCAACGUCGAGCGCCAAAUUCGAGAUAUACAGAGGGAAGAGAAAAAUGUGCAGAAAGCCAUUAGGGAGGCUGCCAAGAGAAAUGAUAUGGUCUCUGCAAAGGCACUUGCCAAAGAACUUGUGAGGUCUAGAAAAACUGUGAACCGUCUUCACGAAAAUAAGGCACAACUUAAUUCGAUAUCCAUGCACCUCGGCGAAAGUGUUGCUAUUGCGAGAACGGUGGGGCAUCUUUCAAAGAGUGCUGAAGUUAUGAAGCUUGUUAAUAACCUGAUGAAGGCCCCAGAAAUGGCAAUUACAAUGCAAGAGUUUAGCAAGGAGAUGACCAAGGCUGGGGUGAUCGAGGAAAUUGUGAAUGAUGCGGUUGAUUCAGCACUAGAUUCUGAGGAUAUAGAAGAAGAGAUUGAAGAGGAAGUUGACAAAGUUUUGACUGCCAUAGCUGGCGAGACCGCUGCACAGCUUCCAGAAGCCGUCAGGAAGGAAAGGAUGAAGCAACCGGCUCAUGUGCAGGAAGUCAGAGAAGAGGAAGAAGCAAUUGCUGAGGGUGUCGAUGAUGAGGAAGAACUAGAAGAAAUAAGGGCUCGGCUUGCAAAAGUUAGAUCAUAAAUUUGAUAUUUCACGUAACAAUGUCAAACUGGCCAUAACUCAAUUUGAGCCUCAACAUUACUUGUCCUUGUAUCUUAUGAGAGAGAAGAUGAGCGUCAUAUUGAAUUUUCUCUUGUGCAUGUUUGUUUGAUCAAGAUUCAUAAACUGAGAGUAUAUUUGUUAAAGCGAUAGGUAGAGGGAGGAGAUGGAGGCGGAGACGGAAACUAACUGUUAUAUGUAUAUUGUAUCUAAUCUGCUUAACAGAAUAUAAACAAUGCUACAUUGUUCUAUCAUCUAA